ACAACCAGAACUUCUCAUUUUGCUCCUCCUUUCCUUCUAAAACCCCCUAACCAAACACCACCUCCACCGCCACUGCCACUGGAAACCACAACCACAAUCACGUUUCCUCUGCUUUAACCGGCGUUACCUCUCAACAGGAGUGCCGCAUGCAAUCUAACCGUUAUCCUCACCCUCUCUAAAGAUCUUCACUUCUCUUGCUUCUGAAUCAGAAUGUCCCGGGUUGUAGCAGAAAAUUACUCGCCUAGUCGAGAUUCUUUUACAGUUCCGUUUUACACAAUGGACUUCACUAAUAACCACCUCCAGCCACCAUUAUCCGCCUCAUCUGCCUCCGGGGCCUCGCCGACUCUGGGACAGAUGCUAAAACGCGUCGGAGAUGUCAGCCGUGAAGCCACCGGAGAUGGAAGCGAGACCCCGGUGCACCAAGUCCUCGAGCUUGGAAGCACGAAUCUUGAGGUUCCGCGAUCGAUUCCAUUCGUUCUCUCCUUCAACAAACUCACUUACAGCGUCAAAGUUCGCCGUAAAUUUAAAUUUCCGGCUAUCCUCCCCAGCAGGAAUAUCCACCGCCUCGGCGCCGCCACUGAUACCGAUCCUGUCGGAGGCGAAAGCCUCUUCACCACUACAAAGACUCUCCUGAAUGAUAUCUCCGGCGAGGCACGUGAUGGCGAGAUUCUGGCUGUAUUGGGCGCGAGUGGAUCCGGAAAAUCAACACUCAUUGACGCCCUCGCGAAUCGAAUCGCGAAAGGAAGCUUGAAAGGCACGAAGACGCUAAACGGUGAGGUUUUGGAGUCUAGAAUGUUGAAGGUGAUAUCAGCUUACGUCAUGCAAGACGAUUUGCUAUUUCCAAUGCUAACAGUAGAAGAAACACUAAUGUUCGCGGCGGAGUUUCGAUUGCCAAGGAGUUUGUCUAAAUCGAAAAAGCGGCUGCGCGUGCAAGCACUAAUUGAACAGUUAGGGCUUAAAAACGCGGCAAAAACCGUUAUUGGUGAUGAAGGCCAUCGAGGUGUAAGUGGAGGAGAACGACGUCGUGUCUCAAUUGGGAUUGAUAUAAUUCACGAUCCAAUUAUCCUUUUUCUUGACGAGCCAACGUCCGGUUUGGAUUCAACAAGUGCGUUUAUGGUGGUGAAAGUUUUGCAAAGGAUAGCACAGAGCGGGAGUAUUGUGAUUAUGUCAGUGCACCAGCCAAGUUAUCGAAUUCUUGGGUUGUUAGACCGGUUGAUAUUUUUAUCGCGUGGACAAACUGUUUAUAGUGGUUCACCGAUGAAUUUACCGGUUUACUUCUCGGACUUCGGGCAUCCGAUACCAGAGAAUGAGAACCGGACGGAGUUUGCUUUGGAUUUGAUUAGAGAGCUUGAAGGGUCACCAGGAGGGACUAGGAGUUUGGUGGAGUUUAAUAAAUCAUGGCAGGAUCUGAAGCAUUCAAGAAAUGGAGGGAGUGAACCGGACCGGGGUGGGUUGUCACUUAAAGAAGCUAUUAGUGCUUCCAUUUCUAAAGGGAAGUUGGUGUCUGGUGCUACUAAUAAUGAUGCUAUAAGUCCAAAUUCAAUGGUGCCCACUUUUGCAAAUUCAGUUUUGAUAGAAAUGGCAGUGUUGUCGAAAAGGUCGUUCUUAAAUUCACGAAGAAUGCCGGAAUUGUUCGGGAUUCGAUUGGGUGCUGUCAUGGUUACUGGGUUUAUUUUAGCUACGAUGUUUUGGCAGCUUGACAAUUCACCAAAAGGAGUGCAAGAGCGAUUAGGGUUUUUCGCUUUUGCCAUGUCGACAACUUUCUACACUUGUGCUGAUGCUCUUCCAGUUUUUCUUCAAGAAAGGUAUAUUUUCAUGAGAGAAACUGCGUAUAAUGCUUAUAGAAGAUCAUCUUAUGUGUUAUCUCAUGGGCUUGUUGUUUUACCAUCGUUGAUUUUCUUGUCGUUGGCAUUUUCUGCGACGACGUUUUGGGCUGUUGGGCUAGAUGGUGGUCUUUCAGGGUUCUUGUUUUACUUUUUGAUAAUCUUUGCUUCAUUUUGGGCUGGAAGUUCAUUCGUGACAUUUCUGUCUGGUGUGGUGCCUCAUGUCAUGCUUGGUUAUACCAUAGUUGUGGCUAUUUUGGCAUACUUCCUGCUUUUCAGUGGGUUCUUUAUCAAUCGUGAUCGAAUCCCUGCCUACUGGAUAUGGUUUCACUACUUGUCACUGGUGAAAUACCCUUAUGAAGCUGUUUUGCUAAAUGAAUUUCAAGAUCCAGCCAAGUGUUUUGUGAGGGGUGUUCAGAUUUUCGACCAAAGUCCACUUGGGGAAGUAUCCACAUCACUGAAACUUCAACUGCUGGAAUCAAUGAGCAAUACACUGGGAACAAAGAUCACUAGCUCCACAUGCUUGACUACUGGGGCCGACAUAUUGCAGCAACAAGGGAUUACAGAUUUGAGCAAGUGGAAUUGCCUGUGGGUCACCGUGGCGUGGGGGUUCCUGUUUAGGAUUCUCUUUUACAUAUCUUUGUUGUUUGGAAGCAAGAACAAGAGAAGGUGAUGAGGCCCGAGGGUAAUCUUUAGAUGGUGGGUACAAGGGUCGUGUUUGGCGGGAGGAUCAUAUUUUGUGUGUGUGUUUUUUUUUCCUGAAUUUGUACUGUUGGAAUUACUCGACCGUUGGAGCCUUCUGGUGUAAAACUGCUACAUAUAAUAGUUCAAUAUUAAUGCUCAUUUAGAUUAAAAAAAAACAGUACUCUUAUAUUCAAUUCC